CGUACAUGAGGACUUCUAAUGAUACCUAGUACUAUGAAGACAAGAGGAAGAGUCGUCAUCUUCAAUAUAUAUGUAAUUUCAUUGACUUGGUUUGAAAAUUUUUCAAAAAUGCACACGUUAGCAUUUUUGAUAUUAUGGUUUACGUUACAACCCAUAUCCAUUAACACGGUGGAAUACAACGAACAAUUCCGAUGGAAUGGGUACCCGAACAUUGGCGUUGUUAGAGGAAAUAUUCGAUCCGACGAAUGUCAAGAUUACGGAUUGGACAAUCAGGAUAUCAACAUACAAUUUCAUUCUCACUUGAACAUAUCAGAGGCAAGGGCCAGCGACGAAUGUUGUAAGGAUAAGAAGAAUGAAACGGAACAAUCACACGGAGUUUUGAGAAAAGCACAAAUAAUUCCACUAUGGUAUUUUGACUCGGAUUCGGAUAAGCGUGAUUCUUGUAUGGGCACGAAUGUCAUAUUGGUUUGGAAAAGUAUUGCCGAUGAACAACUGAGAAAUGUUGAUAGUUUCAUUGCUUCAGUGAUUAGUUGUCUGGAAGAUUAUGACCGAACAGAUCAGUCUGUUACCUUUGGAGUGCAUGACGAAUAUGAACUAGUCAACCACACAUUAAAUGCUGAAUAUCAGCAAAUUCCAAUCCCAAAAAUAAUAUAUCGGGUGGUCCGAGGAUCGUGGCUUUCUAGUACGUAUGCUGCUGUCAUUAUAAUUCACAAUGAACCAGCCUAUGUGCCAGACAGUGAUAAGUUAUGUGACGAUGAUGAGAUGCUGUCGGGCUGGUAUAAGAUCACAAACGAUGAUCCAGAAAGCGGAUUAACAUAUGUAUGCCAGCUAACAGGAGAACUUGACAGUAUAUUAAGUAUUGGUGAAAGUUGGUCAUCGCCAUUACAACUGGAUGCAAUUCCUUACUCUGAGCAUCCUGAAUGGGAUUACACCUAUCCCAUAGAAGACCAUGAUAUUACUGAUCAGCUUUAUAUAAUUUAAAAGGGAUUUAAAUACAAAAUGAGAUUUAAACAGCAUGAUUGAAAAAAAAAACAACAAUUUUUUGCAAAAAGCCCACCAAAUUAGAACAGUUUUUCUUCACUGAGUAUAGAGUUACAACCUCAAUAAUUACCUACCUAUACGUAAGUCUUUUUCGAGAAAUACUAGAAUAACGAGAACCAUCUCGUACGUAUUUUUAUUGCAUGAAAUAGAAACAUCUGAAACAAUUAUCAUUCCAUGAUUCCACAUGAUUCAAAUCCAUAAAUGCAUAAUUUCAUUGAAUUUUGAGGUCAGAAUUACGUUUUAGUUUAAGUACAUGAAUUCCUUAUGAUUUUAUGUAUGUAGGUACCUACCUACCUACUCUUAUUUUUAAAAAGUUAUUUGAUAAAAGAGUAAAUAACAUCGUGUGUACCUAAUUCUGUCAUAGUAUAAUUGUUGUAUAAUCACGUGGUUUGGUUUUUCAUUUUAGAUCCAAUUCCAAAGGAAUAAAUUGUAUAAAUAAAU